AUGGCACCUAGUGAGGUUGACUUCUACAAGACACUCUCUGUCCACCGGCAUGCAACCGACAAUGAGAUUAAAAAGGCAUUUCGAAAAGCUGCUCGAGACACCCAUCCGGACAAGAACCCAGAUGACCCCAUGGCCAAGGAGAAGUUCCAGGAACUUCAAAGGGCGUAUGACACUUUGAAGGACCAGCUUGAACGAAGUAAAUAUGAUGAGGAUAACCAAUAUCAUGGUCUUCCCGAAAGCCAGCGCCCUAAACCCAAGUCGAAAACAGCUACGCGCUACACCUCUAGCUCAUCUACCGGUGCAACUGGAGCUACGCCUAGCUGGGGCGCACCUCCUACCCCCUUUGGGAGAGGGUUUACACAUCAAGCUCAAGCACAUACUACGCCUAGCUCCCGCCACACUGGGGCACACAAGUCGACCUAUGAAGAUUUCACGAGCACAUAUGGCAGUGCUAGAAGGCAGCGUUCUGGAGGAUUUGAACGUUCUGGAUUUGAUUACGCUAAUAGCUACCGCGCAACACCGCCUAAGCAAGCUACUAAUGAUUUCGAUGAUAGUUACGAUGGUUACUAUCAUGACCGAGGCGGAUAUCGUCCAGAAUCACCACGAAAUCGUGAGAGUGCAUACACUCGCACUAGCCAACGGCAAUCUAAUACAACACCUGCUGGGACCCCUAACCCUUCUACCUCAACUCGUAGGGCACAUUCAACAGUGGGUGGAAACCGGGAUCCGGCUGCUGGCACUGAUUUUAAUCUCGGGGCUUAUAUCAAGGAGCGGAGGAUGGCAGAGGAGGGGGAAGCAAGACAAAGAGAAGAAGAGGCCAAGGAAAGACGCAAAAGGGAAGAGGCAGCAGCUGAAAGGGAGAGUCAGCGGCGGCGCGCUGAAGAAAAAAGGCGGAAAGAAGAACAAAAGAAGAAGGAUGAACUGAGAGCCCAGGAAGACCAGAGGAGAGCCGAAGAAGAGGCAAUGAGAGCUUCGGUGGAAGAGGAGGAGAGAAGGAGACAACGUUGGGCCCAGUCGGAGACCAGUCAAUAUUCCAGAAAUGGAUUUCGUGCAGAUCCGCCAGUGUUCCACGGCCUUAGGGAUGAAGAUUUGUCGAGGACGGCAGAUGAGCGGUUGGCCGAAGGGCGAAGGUCCAAAACGGCCACAUCAAGGAGCAAUUCUAGGAGAUCACCAAAUAAACCUAAUUCUGCGCGACGCGAUAACGAACGGGCGACCAAUGAUACGGAUGGAUGGGGAGCCAAGUCCGGCAGUGAUCACUCGGGGACGUAUACCCGUUUCACCUCUGUAAAUCCUGAUGAGGAGGAAAAUUAUUAUGAUACAGUCAAGAGAAACCAGCGGGAUACGCAGCAGAGAUGGGAAGAAAUGCUCAAAAAGGGUAGCGACAGGAAUAAUGUCCAUGGCCACGGCAGAGCAAAAAGUGAGACACAACCGCGGGAGAGGCCCGGUUCGCCGGAUCGCCCGCGUACAUCCGGGCCUCACAGUGCUACCGAUUCAGGAUCAGGAGAGUCAAAGGGACAGAGUCCCAGUUUCGAGCCUUCCAAAAGACGUGAAAGCUCGACUGAUUUUAGCUUCAAAUUCCCUACCCCCGGAAUGGCUAGGGUAGAUUCCUAUAGAUCAGAGCCUCACAUCUCCCCUCCGCCUCCACAAGAUAGCCCUUUCCAAAAGACUCCAGAUUUCAAUUUCCAUACAGCCAGGGACAUCCCAAAUCCCUUUACUUACAUUUCUCCUGAAAACAAUGGCAUACACAACUCGAAUAAGCUACAUGCAACGGCCCCAUUUACUCGACCACAGAGCCAACCAAUCUAUCCUACACAAAAACAAACUGUUCCACAACCUCGGCCAACACCUCAGCCCCAUCAGCAACAAAGGCAGCAGAUGCAGCCACCGCAGCAGCGCGAUUUCAGCGAAUUCAAGAAGGAACUAUGGAAUGACCUUAAUCAAAUAGCAUUCGAACUGCGCCCGUCUACCAGUCCAAAGAAGAAAAAGAGCGCUGCUAGUGUCAAAUCUUUCAGCAAAUAUAGAAGCAAGAGCAAGGAGAGUGUGAAUCUUAAUAGUAUGGCUGCUCGAGUGGAAUCAGAGGAAGACAGCGAUGAUAUCUCAUCACCAAAGCAGAAGAAUUUCGAUCAGGGUGCAACACCGCAAAGUCCUCCCAUUGGAGAUGGAGAGUUUGAGCCCAUGGAUACUGCCCCAGACACCGGCAUCCCCGAUCCGAUUAAUAUUCAACCAAUGAGGUUGAAUGGACACAUGGGCCCUAGGAGCCCAAUGGGGAAUAUUAGCUCUAGAGAGCCAACCCCAAUUUCACCCCGUUCAACCAAGGAAGAUGGAUUAGACACAAUGCACACGCUAGGAUCCGUUCAUCCUUUGAAAGCUAACCCAUUGGAAAACAUGGGCAGCCUGGCUUCAACCGCGCCAUUUAUUCGUAGCCCUGCUGAAGUCGGACUCAAUGGUUUCGAGGAGCUGAAAGAUAACCUUCCUUUCCCCUCUCGAGCAUCGAACACCCCAAAGCCUCACUUCCCAGGCCCCUUACCAAAAUUGAGGCCUGACCUGCGAGAUAUCUAUGGACCCGCAACUCCUAUGGAGGAUACAUUUGCCACACCAACUCCACCAAAAGUUCCGAAAACACCUGGAGAGAUAGAUCUGCCAACCUACAAUCGAUUUUUCGUGAGCGUCGAGGGCUAUGUGGAGAACUGGAACGCUUAUGAGGAUAAAGUGCGCAAACAACAGGCAUAUUUGAGCAGCAGAAGUCUCAAAGACGUGGAUUUGAACCAGGAUGCGAUCAAGAAUUAUAUCAGGAGGGUCAAGGAGGAGGAUUUUGUGCUAGAGGAAUCCUACCGACAGGCUAGAGAGAAGCAUAUGGCUGCGCUCGAGGACUGGCUGGGGUACCGAGAACGGGUCAUCAAUAACAGGAACAAUUCGUAG